UAAAAUAAUUCUUAAAUUUAAUAAAUAUCGCAUAUUUUUACAUGAAACUACAAUUUUCAUUAUUAAAUCGUUAAAAAAAGGAAAAAAAUACUGCAUUCGAAUUUGAAUCCGGAAAUGGGCCAUUUGAUAUUUUACGAAGAAUACAUUAGAAAUUUUUAGUCGAACUGGCCUAUUCUGUUACAGAAAUGGCUCAAAAUGGUUGAUGGACUCGCCGAUACAAGAACAACUGUUGCGCGCACCAUGUGAGAUUCCAUACUAAGGGAUGAGGUCUUACACGAUGACAAAAAGACAAUGGAGGAGGCGCCAGAAGAGUGGGCGCCUUGGAAUCUCGUCGUGGUCACCAAGAAUCCAAACGCACCGCCUCCCGUCACCGUGUGCACCGCACCGGGCCCAGCUUGGGAUAUUGGAGAGGUAUUGAAAGCAGCCCGACUCCUCUGCAAGCCACCGAUGCUAGUGGAUUUCGCAGACGAGCAAGAAAUGCGAUGCGUCUACUCUCUCAUUUAUGACGUAUUCCGAUACAAAACAAUACUAGAUCAAGGAAUAGAAGAUAUUGACUUUUUCGGCCACUAUCCACAGCUUAUAGAUCACCGUCAUUCGACAUGGUUGUUCCUAAUGGAGUUGGCGAGACGGCGAUGGAUGUCAAGACCGCGAGCAGAGGUGAACCGCGCGACCCGCCUCUUGGAUGAAGCUGGAUCUCCCUUUAAGGAUGUAGAAGCAGCUAUAUGGGACCAAAGAGUUCACUUUGCUGCAGCCAUCGCCAGAAUUAGGAUUAAGAAUAGAGCGUUCACGUUAUCAGAUCUUUUACCCCUUCACUUACGAGAAGAACGAAUAUCAGCAUGCGUCAAUAAGAAUACGGUCACAGGUUGGGUGAACACCUUCAAAGCAAAGAAAAUUGCUCUACUAGUGAAGCGACUCCACGAACUAGGAUAUUCGUACAGCCAUUCUCGACAGCUCUGCGCAGGAGAAUACAGAUUUGAUCGUGUCUGUCCAAGGUUCAUAACCUUACGCCCACCAGACCAUAUCAGCAUUGGAAAAUUAGACUUGGUGAAGGAUGGAGUAAUUGUUUUGCAGGAACGUGAAUUCUGCGAAGGUGCAUCAACACUAUGUCGAGCUCUUCGUGCCAACGCACUGAGGGGUGUAGUCGCACAGACCCAUGCUUCAUCACCACGCUGUUCCGCGUACUUGGCGGCGCAGUUAAAGGAGUUGGCUGCUAUACUAAAAGCUGAAACACCAGCUGCUCCUGCUACUCCUGAGCUAGGGAAGCUGGUUGUGUUUGGCGCAGGAGACAAGGUUGAAAGUUACGUGUGUGCAUUACGCGAACUUGGCAUUGAAGCUUCAGAGCUUCCGCAAUCCAGCGCAUCAGUAUGUGUACUGAGCGAUCCAGUGCACGGCGACACGCCAACAGUGACUAAUGCACUUGACGGAGUAGUGGCAGUGUUAGCGACACCACCUAACUCCUAUUCUGCUGUCACCGAUCCCAUUGAUUUGGUGUGUGGAAGAGGUGGCGAUUUAGCUAUGCUAGAGAUCCUCACUGAGUCUGAAAUAGAUUCAAAUGGGAAGGCCCGUGUCCAAUCUAUCCUGGAAGAACAAAAGAAAACACUAAAAACGCUAAUGUCGAAGCCUCAGAUCCAAUUAAUUCUGUACGAGACACAUUCUGCUCUGGAAGCUGAGAAUGAGGCACAAGUUACACGAGCGGUGGCUGAAGCUAAUCGACUGGCUCGGGAAAGACAUGCGUUGCUGAAGAAAAAGAACCGAGACCACUCUACACCAAAGCACAAGGAAGUUACCGAAACAUUAAUAACAGACUCCUGUACUUCGCUGGACCAAGCUGAGCUCGACAAGGAAGACAAAUUCGAAGACAAAGACCACCAACGCAGUGACCAUUUGCAAAAGAGACCGAUGUCUUCUCCUCCUAUUACCGCUAGACCAAAUUCCGAAGGUGGAGAGACUGUUCUAAAGAAGAGAGCUGAAAGUGCCGAUGUUUCUAUGAGGCCUGGACAUUGGAGCUCUAAAGCGAGGCCUAUACCUGAAGUAACUGAGAACGACCCAAUCCCCAGAGAUCCCGAUAAAGACAGUCCUGAUGUUUAUGUUCCAGAGUGUGAUUUAUUUGAAAUGCAAACGUUACCAGGUCUGGGUAAUGGUCUGGACAUAAAUUACAUUCUGGAUCGUGAUGGCUGCUAUUUGGGUCUAAUUCAAAGGAAGGAGAUUACUCGGCUCGACGCAAAGUAUAUGAUCCGUGUGGCGGAGGAGCGCGGGCUGUUUGGUCAAGCGCCGACCGCGCAGCGACGCAAGCGCCCGGACCAACCCGUGGCCGCACCACGUCGACGGAGGCGCAAAGCUAACACGUUCGAGGUGGAGCGAGUGGCCGCACCAACUUACGCCUCGUUGUCUCGUGCGUUCAGGCGUUGCUCGGCGCCGGCCUGCUUGCCCGAGGCGGGGGAGUGCCUCGAACCGCUCCGCGUGUGCUCCAGACACGUGAGGCGGCAGGCAGCCGCGGCGGCCAUCACCACGGCGGCCUGUUGCUGCGAUGCUAGACACAGACGCCACAAUACUGCGCGUCGUGCUUCACCGGAUAUGACGUCAUUGCCGCAGCCGUCUUCCCCACCCUGUCGCAGACCCUUCCCUUUAGUAGUACAUGAUUUACGACUCAAGGGUAUCUUGCCGCCACCGAAAAUUGUUGUUUGAUGAAAAUGAUGGUGUCACCAACAAUCUGAGGGAGGAAAUGAUGCAAGUCCUAAGCUGGAUUUUUGUGUCUUGCAACAUUUGCUGCCAGCGGGUAGUGACUUCUGGAAACUAGCCAAUGGUCGAGUCUACCAACACUGUUUUUGGCGUCAUUCCGUGUUGGAAACAACAAAAAUAUUAGCAUAGAUUAUAAAUUUUAAUUAAUUAAAAAGCAUCAAAAUAGGGUAAAUAUUCUUCGAAAUAUAUUAGCGUUGGAUUGAUGGAGCGAUCAACAUCUCUUGCGAGUGUUAGUAAAAGCCAUCAACCUUACUGACAUAAUAGAUAAAAAAAAUAUUAAUGCCACAUAAAGGACAAAUUAAAAUUAAUUGUUAUAAAGUAUUUGAUAUUUUAAUUUGUAAGUAAUUCUGAACGAAGGCAAAAUUAACUUAUUGUACUUAUAACCGUAACACAUUAUAAUUAUUUUAAACUUGA